UGAAACAGUAGAUUAAUGUUUGUGUUUGUACAGGUGUGGUGUGACCAGACGACCAACGGAGGAGGAUGGACGGUGGUGCUGGCCAGGAUGGAACAAACUCCACAGGAAGACUUCGACAGGAACUGGGCUGACUACCGGGCUGGCUUCGGUGACCCAUCCUCCGAGCACUGGAUCGGACUAGAGACACUGCACGUCAUGACCAAGGGAAGGGACCAUGAGCUGAGAGUCAACAUUACUGAUUGGAACAACAGUUCUGCUUGGGCAGAGUGGAAAGAUUUCAGUGUUGGUGGGGAGAGUGAGAAGUACAAGCUGAAGGUGGUUCGCUACACCAGCAACUCGCAGGCUGGGGACGCUCUCAAGUGGCACAAUGGCAUGAAGUUCUCCACCCCAGACCGUGACAAUGAUGUCCUCUUGGGCGGUCAUUGUGCCAAGAGGAAUUCUGGUGGUUGGUGGUACCGAGGAUAUCGUGGGUGCUACCAGGCUCAUCCUACUGGCCGCUACCAGAAUAAUCCGGGUGACCCACCCAAAACCUCAGUGGAAUCCCGCAACUUUGAACUAGGACCUGUGUUGGUGUGGCAAAACUGGCGUGGAGAAAGUUACUACCCGAAGACCCUUUUUAUGAUGUUCCGGCCGGCAUUGAAUUAAAAGCAAUCCUGGAGUGGGAGAUGGUGCUGCACUCCCAGAUAAAUCACUUCUGAGGGUUUUCUUUCUUUUUAUGGGUUUGAACCUAACUGUCUGAGAGUUCUAUAUUUUGAUCUGAGUGAGCACUAAAGAGAAAUAGCACUGAGGUAGGUUGCUCUUCUCAGUAUCACAGCUGUAUUUUAUUAUUAAUGUGAGUUGGUUUUGUUAACUGAGGUUUGGUAUGUAUUUCUUAGAUAACUUUAUGGAGUUACUUUGAAUCCAUAAUUAAUCACAGCCACCUUAUGAGAGCAGGUAACCUCGUACAUAAUUUCAAAACUUUCAACCUGUAUUAGUUUAUUCAUGGUUGUGUACCUCAUUACAAAAUUCAUCAGCAUAAAAUUUAUAAUAGUGAAUGGGGUAAGAGAUGGGAGUGUAAGAUAAAAUACAUAAUACAGUAGUAAUUAUUUUUUAUUAUGACACCAGAGAUGGAUAUUUUUUCAGAAUGUCCUUGUUCAAAGGCACUGGCAUUUCACCGAUCAAAAAAAAAAUAAUUUGCUGAAUUAUAUAUUUAAUGCUCUUCCGUUUUGAGAGUAGUCGGAACGUUCAGUCAAGGCAUUCCUCUGCCUAGCACAGUGCCAAAAGACUGGGAUUUUUUCACCUGCCAAUUUUUUCAUACAUUUUUGUUCUCCAAAUCAUCAAAAGUCAAUAGUAAUGAAAUGGGCAUGGCAGAGAUAGGGAAAAAAAAAAAAAGAUUUGCAAACAGCUUCUGCUUAAGGAAAAAUAUCUCCCUUCAUGAGGACAUUACUCAACAUGCAGAAUCAAACCUACGAAUUUCUCAAAUGGAAUGAUAAGAUACUUUGUUAUAAAGGAAACCUUUAUCCAUACAAGACCAAUUCUCUAACCAUUAAGGCCCACUGUCAUGUCUCUGUACUGCCGUGUAUCUGUUGUGGUAGGAUUAUUGUAGUUUUUAGCUUACAUAGAACCUUCUCAGUAUUCUUGAACAUCUCACUUACCUCCCCAGCUCAGAUUAUAACAUUCACCUCUCUUUCCUUAUAUAAAAUUUACACACAAUAAUUUUCUUCAAGAUAGCUGAGUAAUUAAUCAUCUAAAACUUCAUCUGAGUAAAUCCUACAUUUAACAAUCCGCACAAAAUGAGAUAAACACUUCAUACUCCCAAGUUCUUCCUCACAUGGGAUCAAUAGCCGAACAUUAAUGGUAAUAAAUAUGACCCUGAUGUUGGCUCAUGUGGCUUGAAAAAUGUAUUAAGGUUAAUGAUUGUGUUGUUGGCCUGUGUCAGUCUCAUGACACUUUGGACUUUGUUUUGUGACCAAGUGAAGAUUUCUUAUAACCAAUUAUUUAUCGAUGUUCACUGUAGUGUCACUCUGCACAGUUUCUUUUUCUACAUUCAUCACAUCCAGGGGUAUGGAGAGACUGAGGUUACCAGUUCUUACUCAAGCAGCUGAUCUUAGGUAAAGUCUACGAAGCUUGUUGCAGCCUUAUGCGAUACAGAAACACUUUUGUAACUUCACUACUGUGUGAAUAACAGAUUAAGAAUUAGUACUGGAGGUGAGGGCAGCAGUUUCAUACUGAAAGUGAGGUCAGCAAAUUCCUUUCAUAUCAUUCUGUGUUUCAUCUAAAAACUAUUUUUCCACCAGGAAGGAUAUCUGAUCAUCAAGUUCUAAAAAAUCUUAUAAUGGCUCACUAAACACAGUCCAUGAUAUACCUUUAUAAACAGAAGAACCAGUUAUCUAACUGGUCUUCGUCUCUGGUUUGUAAAUGUUGUGUGUCAUUGGUAUUACUGUCUUUGACUAUCUGAAUGUCUCCUACAUAGUAAUCAUGAUGUGAACAACAAAAUCUUGGCCAUAUUAAUUAUUAUAAUAGUGUUCAAACACAAGGAAAUAAAUACCACUUAAUGCACUAAAACACUGAGAUUAGGGAGGAUGAGAUUUAUGUAGGAAUAUUUAUCAAAAUAAUUAUUUCUUUUUCUCUAAACUUUGAACUUUGAUGAAAGAUUCAGUUAGUGCAUGCAUGACAUACAGUAUUAGGGAAUACCAUACAUAAUAAUCCUACAGGUAGUUGAUUUAGUAAUUAAUCUUAUGUCUACCUUCUACUUAUUAGAGUACAGUACUGCCAAGAAUGCGGUUCAUUUUAGUAGUUGAGUUUUUGGAAAAAUGUGGAUAAUUUGGCUGUGGACAAUUCUUCCUUUACAUCACAACUCACUUGCAUACUUUGUCUCAGAGGAUUCUGUUCUAUUACUAAAAAAAAUGUUUUCAUACUAUUCUUCUGUAAAUUACCAUCUGUAUAUUUUUUCAUAAUUGACAAUGGUGUUUUGUGACAAACGAAGCUGCUGUCUACAUCAAACUAUCAACUUACUGUCAAUAAUGGGUUACUCAGUGACACGGAGUGCUUGGUUCUACGUUAAAAUUAUUAAAUCCAAGUAUGUUUUCAAAUAAAGUGAUAUAUGCCAUACUUACCGAACUUAAGUGACAUUAUUAACCCAUUAUUAACAACAGUCACUUUAUAUUUACAGUUACUGUAGUUAUUAAACUCACUACAGUAUAUAGCCAUCACUACAUCUUUUGUCUUAAGGAUCCUUUUCACAAAAAUCUAGUAAUAUUUCAUUAACAGUAUUAAUAAUAAUGAUGAUAAUGUGUAUUUUCAUAGAUAUGGAUCAAUAUUGUCUCUUUGAAAACAUCAAAAAGACUGAAAAUUUGGAUCAAACAGCUGUACAACGCAUCCAUGAAGGAGCAAAUACCAGAAGCCAAAAAUGUGUGCCAAAAAUUUAUUCUAGCUGUAUGACUUAUUGUAGGCCUUAAAUUGUAGUCCUGUCUUGUGAAUAAACUUUAUACUUAAAAAACAUUCAUAUAA